UAUCAAGAUCAAAUUCAAAGUUGUUGAACUGGAGGGAGAUGUAUUGGUUUUGAAAAGCAGCGCACUUGCUUAUUUAACGAGUUGAGCUACUCUGAAAAAAAAAUUGUCUUAAAAUACUCAUAAAAUGUUUUCUCUGGGAUUAAUUUAUUUAACAGUAUUUCCUGCCAUUGUUUUUGCUGCCAGCAAUAAUAAGAUUGUCUGUGAAUUCGACACAAAACCUCUCUCGUGUCCCGCUGGUACAACCAUACAAAUAAGAACUGUCAAUUUCGGUCGGACUAACUCCAUUGUUUGUAAGAAGGACCUCACCAUCGACUGUUAUUCCUCUGGGCGCGUAACAGGAUUAGUGGCUCAGAGAUGUAACGGACACGACGUAUGUCAGUUGUCAGCAGACGCUGGAAUUCUGGGAGAAGAUCCUUGUCCCAGCAUUCCAAAGUAUCUCGACAUCCUGUGGGACUGUAACCCUCUUCCGACCACAACUCCGAUGACUACUACUACAACUACAGUUGCCAUGACAACUGCCCAAGCAAAACAAAACCAAGGGCCAGAUGUCUGUCACGGGAAUCUAGUGACCGGCCCCCGCGGAGUACCAGAUAACCAGAUCAAAGCAUCCUCCACGUACAGUAACUCCUCGGGCGACAACUACGCACCGUAUCGGGGUCGGCUUUACAGUUUUAGCCAGAGCUUCCAGAACGGAACAUACCUUAAUGGAGGAUGGUCGGCAAGAGUCAACGACAAGAACCAGUAUAUUCAGGUCCAAUUUAACUCACAAAGCAUUGUAAGAGGAGUGAUAACACAGGGCAGAAACAUCGACUUCCAUACACAGUGCUGCUUCGAACACGUCACUAAAUACACCGUAGAAUAUAGCGUCGACGGCGUUCACUUUGAUCCUGUGAGAGAUUCUAACGGAAACCCGAUCGUAUUCAAUGGAAAUAAUGACCAAGAAUCGGAAGUAACAAACAUGUUCGGGUGUCCAAUCAUCGCCAAGUAUCUGAGAAUCCGACCUGUUGAUUGGAGGAAUCACAUCACCCUUCGAUUUGAGGUGCUCGGUUGUCCCUCCAAAUCAGACCCGUACGGCGUUUGUCCACAAGGAUGGAAAGAGAGACCCGGAAGUGAUACUUGUUAUUUGAUAACGACACGUGAUGCAAAAACAUUUGAUGACGCACGAAAGACUUGUCGUCUGCAACAGGGGGAUCUAUUGGUAGUGGAUGACGUACAGGAAGCUGCUUGGGUUAAGCAGGAACUUGACGGCAUAAAGAAAACGUUCUUUCCAAGUUUCCUGUACCAGGUGUGGAUAGGGAUGUCCAAUGCCCCUCGGACAGAUUCACAAAACUUUAAAUGGGUGAACGGCGCCCCACAUGACGUCAACGUAGUGCCUUGGAAGAAAGGUAAUCCCGAUAACUUCGCUGGAACGGAACAUUGCGCAGAAUUUGUAGACUCCGAACUCAAUGACGUUAAUUGUAAUUCACCAGUUAACUAUAUAUGCGAAAAGAAAAAAUACUGGACUUAUCCCGGGCCCGCCACAACACAGACUCCUCCAGCCACAACGAUGUCGUCAGGAUCCGGAGCUUCUGGAACAGGAAAUUCGGGUACCGGAAGCGGUGGAACAGGAACUGGAACUAACACAGGAAGUAGUGGGUCCGGAAGCGGAACUGGUACAGGUGGUAGUGGGUCGGUGACUAGUGGUGGAAAUGUUGGAACACAUGGAUCACACUCACAGUCUGUCACUACUCCAAGAACAACAACCACUACACAAAAAUCAGGAGCUACCUCAACUACGUCAAACGGCCAGUCUGGACAGUCGCACUUUUUAGCGGGAUGCCAUGAUAUGUCUGAUUGUAUUUACAUCGGGAUCGGGUACCAUCAGUCCUGUAAGGGGUGUAACUACGUCCUAGAAUGUCUGAUCAAUGGUCCAUCUAUCAACCAAUGCCCUCAGGGUUACACGUUUGAUAACAACGUACGCAUGUGCACCACACAAUCAACUACUUGUUACUAAAAUACGAAGACGGUGCAGUUUACGUUAGGAAAUUCAUUUUCUGUUUUGAAUAUAUUGUUUUGACGUUCUGUCAUGUACAUAUAUUAAAAAGAUCAUCCGUUUUUAUUUGUUGUACCUUUUAGAGUCGUAAAUAACUAUAUAUAUUUGAUGAAAUUACGCGUUAUUUUAUAUAUCACAACAGAAAUGUCAUUCUGAGAUAAUGUAAUCUUUUGACAUACGAUGGUCAAUGAAUCAAUCAGAGUUAUUCCUCCUCGUUUCAACGUUCGAAUAUUUAAAUCAACUGUUUAACAAAUUCGACAUUAGACAUGGUGGGCUAAAUAAAAAAAACCCCAAAUGUUGGAACGACCCAAGUACCAAUUAAUAAAAAUUUACGCGCAGAUAUGUAAUUUGUACUUGAUAGGUGGAGAGUUGCUUUUUCGCCUAUGAAACAUUUAUGCUUUUUUCUCCCUUGACAUGAUCCAGGCAUGCAUAUACAACACUUACCAGUACAACUUGUAAAUAAAAAGUAUUUACUACUGUA